CUCGAGAAACUCCCAAUCGGGGUGGGCCGGCACUUUUCCGUUUGCCGGACCCGCCGGAUGACAGUACCAAUGCGGCGGCUCUUAACUCUUUUCUUUUCUCAUCUCUUGUCUUCACUUCACUUCACUUCAGUAGUUGUGAUUCUGGAAAGUGGAGAGGAUAACGAAAAUGGAAGAAUGAAACCCGGGAGCAGCUUGCCGGAAACCCUACCGAGCGGUGAUCAAGGAAGUAGCCGUUUUCAGGUGGCUGUCAACCGAAAGGUAAAUCUCCCUCGCCGAAUUUUGUUUUCUAGGUUACCAUUGAUUUCAGGUCACCCACGAGAACUCAAAUGAACUGUUGGGUACUUCUAUCGAAAUUCGGGAUUUUUGAGCUUCGGUGUUAAGUUUUAUCGGCUUAGGCAUUUGCCAUUUGGUUGGUUCCACAAGAAUCAGCUGCCGAAUUGGGGUUUUAUCCAGUUCCACUUUGGUUUAUGUUCUCAUAUUAUGGUUACGGUGAAAGACUGGGAAUGGAGGAUUCUGAUUUCUCUGAACAUUGUCUUGUUCCUGUGCUUUCAAUCUGCAGAUAGAAGGAAAUGAUUUUAAACGGAUGCACGGUACCUUCGUGGUAUGCUUAUACGAAUACCAGGGCUGGUCAACUCACCUAUGGACAUGGUAGAUUGGUGUCUGCUCGUGUUCCACGGUUUCUUGCCAAUGCUGCACCAUUAAGCAUUAGAAGUUCUUGGCAGGAGCCAAAACUUUGUUUCUCUGGAGCUUUAUUAGGUGGGUCGCGUGAUCUCUCCGCUGUAUCAAGCCCUCUCCUAAGCGGGGAACAAGGCGGGCUAUUACACACAAUUCCUUCUCUUCCAAGAAGACGAGGAUCUUAUCUCCCUGCUCGAGCAGCAAAAGAUGUCCCCACCAGCUUUCGGUUCCCACCAAUGACCAUGAAGCCGAGAUGGUGGUGGAGAACCCUAGCAUGCCUCCCUUAUUUGAUGCCUCUCCACGAAACCUGGAUGUAUGCCGAGACAGCGUAUCACCUGCACCCCUUCCUCGAAGACUUUGAGUUUCUGACAUACCCAUUUCUUGGAGCUAUAGGGAGCUUACCGGGCUGGUUCCUGAUGGCUUAUUUCUUCGUCGCCUACCUUGGAGUUGUAAGGAGAAAGGAAUGGCCUCAUUUCUUCAGGUUCCAUGUGGUUAUGGGGAUGUUGCUCGAGAUUGCCCUCCAGGUUGUUGGCACAGUGAGUCGUUGGUUGCCACUCGGUAUCUACUGGGGCAAAGUCGGGAUGCAUUUUUGGGCAGCAGUGGCAUUCGCUUACCUCUUCACCGUCUUGGAGUGCGUAAGGUGUGCUUUAGCCGGUAUGUAUGCUGAUGUCCCUUUUGUGUGUGAUGCUGCAUACAUUCAGAUUCCAUACGACUAAGGUAGCAUAGCAGGUGAAGAGAGAAUCUAGGCACCUCUAUCUGUACGUUGUUGUAAUGCUCCCUUUUCCCAUAUGGAAUCUCUAGACUCUAGUUGCAAACAUUUUAAGUGAAGAAUCUUUUGUAUGCUUCCCUGUCUUGGAUGAACAAAGAAGUUGAAAAUCCACCAUUGAUUUGUUAACCAGUGAGAUACUUUGUCAACCAUGGGCAUGGGUUUGAUUUAACCAUAGGGUUAGGUUAUGGAUAGCUGGUUCAAGUAAGUACAUAUAGUGGUAUGCUUUUUGCUUCCUAUUGGUGAAAUGGCUCUGUUGUUUCCUUCCUAAAGAAAGAAACAAUUGUCAA